AUGAAUGCAGAGGAAGCUGGCGCUGCUGGUUGGCAUCACCACGGCAACAGACGCCCACAGGACACCAUCACCCCCAUCCCAUUCUCCAGGCACCUCAUGGUAUCUGCCUUUAAGGACCACAGACUGGGCGGGGCCAUCAGGGUGAUCAGCAUCAUCUGCAGGCAGGAGCUGCAGCCGCUCUACUGUGUCCUAUGCGCUAACGCUAAGGCUGAUGCUAACGUUGAUGCUAAGGCUGAUGGGGCUCCGGGUCAGUGCACAUCUUUCCAGGCAAAAGUUCACCAGCACAGCGAUGACUUCGGCUUUCCUUUUGUGACUUCAGACGUGUUGUGCCUGAGUCCAGCGUUGCAGCAAGCCACACGUGUCAGCAUAACAGCUAACCCAUACGCCUUUCACAAUUUGACAUUUUUAUCGAUCCAAAACCAGGAGGUCAAGGAAUCGUUUAAGUACAACUUUACUGUAUGCAUAUCUAACCUUUUUGGGGUGUACAAUAAUGCCCUCCAAUUUGCACAAACCAUGGAGGUGUACAAGCUUAUAGGGGUUCAGAGGGUUGUCAUCUACAACACCAGCUGUGGACCAGACGUUGAGAAAAUUCUCAAGUACUACAGUAAAGAGGGUAUGCUGGAGGUUGUGCCUUGGCCAAUAGACAAGUUCCUUAAGCCAUCUACUGGGUGGAGUUAUGACUUACACCAUGGGGACAUUCAUUAUUAUGGACAGCUGACCACUCUGAAUGAAUGCAUAUACAGAUACAUGUACCAGUCAAAGUACCUUCUGAUGAAUGACAUUGAUGAGAUCAUUAUGCCUUACAAGCAUGCCAACCUGGAGAACUUAAUGGGCAUUUUACAGCAGCAGCGUCCCAACGCAGGGGUCUUCAAGAUCGAGAACCACAUUUUCCCCAAAACGCAGUUCGAUGACAGCGGCCGAUUUCGCCUGCCUCGGUGGAGGAGUGUGCCUGGUGUGAACAUCCUGGAGCACGUCUACCGAGAGCCGGACAGGAAGCACGUUUUUAACCCCACAAAGGUGCUCAUCAACCCCCGGAGCGUGGAGCAGACUUCAGUACACACCACACUGAAGCAGUUCGGACUCGUCUUUAACGUCCCGUUCGAUGUAUGCCGCAUCAUCCAUGUCAGGGUGCCACUGCAAGGACAACUCUCCAAAGACCAGCUGUUCGUCGACAAGAAACUCUGGGAAUUUGAGAAGCUUUUGAUUCCCAGUAUCGAUCGCGCACUGAAUGAAUCAGGUGUGUUGUGAAAUACUGAUGCUUCCUACGGUGACAAAGCCGUUUGGUAACGCUGUAUAUCUUUUUGUUUUGCCUCACAUGCAGCAAAAAAAAAAAGCACAAAAAGAAAAACCUUUGUAACAGUACCGAAGCGUGACUAAUUUAAUGGAGGCCCAACACAUUAUUUUCUUUCUACAGGUACACAACGUUACGCAUUACGGUGCUAAACUUAUGCUACAGUGAUACAAACGGUGUCUCUAAUCACUUCGCACCACAAUAAUUAGGUGUUUAUAAUACUCAGUUUCAUUUUCCAAAUCAAGUCAUCACUUACUAUAAAACAAAGAAAAUGUGGUUCAAAGAUCACACACACACACACACACACACACACUCACAGACAGAGCUGCCUCACACACACACCAUGGACACAUGGGCCUCACACACACGCCACUUCAUGUGACAAGGAGAAUGAAGUCCAAUGACUGUAAAUGAAACAUAGUGAGGAUUAAAUGUGUGAUUGUCUGUAUUCUAAUGAUUAGUAUUUGUGGUGGUAUAACUGUUGACUAAGUGGUAGUGUAGUGUCUCUAUCAUGUCCAAUCCUUUCUUCAGAGUGUGAAAUGACACAUAUACACAAGCACGCACGCACAGAUGCACACACACACACGCACACUGUAACAAUGUGAUUGUGUGAAGGUGAUUGAAUCAUACAGAUGUGAAGGAUGUAAAGGAGUUUUGUAUUUGUAAAUAAAUCUUUGACUUCA